AUGAGAGUUACAUUGCUUAAUGAUACAUCUGCUGAACAUUUCUCGGAGCAAUUGCUGACUAUCGGUAAUGGUCAAGUACCUGUCGAUGAAUCGAGCGGAUUAAUAUCAUUUCCAAAUAAUUUCUGUUAUUUUGUCUCAUCAAAAAACGAACUUAUCAACAAUGUAUUGCCAGAAAUUAUUUCUAACUACAAAAAUAAUGAAUGGUUGAGUGAGCGAGCAAUUUUAGCGGCUAAGAAUAAAUAUGUAGAUGACCUAAACUACAUAAUUCAAAAUAAGAUCAUUGGAACAAUGCAUUCAUUCAAAUCUAUUGACUGCGUCACAAAUGAGGAUGAAGCCACCAACUAUCCAAUUGAAUUUUUAAACUCUUUGGACGUGCCUGGCUUACCACCGCACAAUUUACGCCUAAAGGUUGGCUCCGUAGUAAUCAUGCUUCGAAACAUAAACCAACCAAAACUGUGCAACGGUACGCGUUUGGUGGUUAGAAAAUUGAUGAACAAUGUAAUUUACGCUACGAUAAUGAUAGGAAAAUUCAAAGGCGAGGAAGUUCUCAUUCCGAGGAUACUGAUGAUCCCAACCGAUAUGCCGUUUGAAUUUAAAAGACUUCAAUUUCCGAUACGUCUUGCAUUUGCCAUGACCAUCAACAAAUCACAAGGCCAAUCCUUAAAAGUUUGUGGUUUAAAUCUAGAACAUUCAUGUUUUUCCCAUGGUCAAUUAUACGUGGCAUUGUUUGCGUUGCGUUGUUUGUUUUUGCGCCUGAUAAUAAAACAAAAAAUGUCGUGUAUCACAAGGUACUUAAAUGAAGAGCAACCUAUGUACUAA